CCUUGCAGUAGCCUUCGACUUCGCAUCGUUUUACUUUUCAAGUUUGCCUGAUUAGACCUCCUGUAAGAUCUAACUUUCAAUCACGCAGGAUCCUCGUUCACGGCUUUGCAGUUUAUUAAGUUUCUCAUUUCCAAUGUAGAACUCUUAGAAUUGUACCUUUGAGAAGAAAUUGAAAAAGUUAAGCAACUGUUUCCAAAUUCUCCCCUAGUUGGUCGAAAAAGUCGCUUAGAAACGACAAGAAAUCUGGUGCGAGUAUCAUCUCGCAGUGGCUUGUGGGAUCGUUACUGGGAACAAUAUGGCUCCUCGUCGUUUGUCCUGUCCUCAGUAACGGUCAAACCGCUGCGAGAUGACACUUGCCCCAGGUUUCUUCUCGUUUCUAAAGUGUCGAAUUUGGAAUAAAGUGAUAGAGUGCCUAGUUUAUCAGUCCCCAUGUGAUAUUUCCUGAUUAACUUACACCACGCUCGUUAUUCCAGAUUGCAGCGGAAUACAAUUCGCCCGAAUAUAACUUGGGAACGAGGCGAAACGCUAAACAUGAUCCAGACAAAGAAUACCACAGUAUCGAGGAGGUUGCAGAGGCGCUUGUCAACAGACAAGUGGAAGGGGUCCUGGUGGACACUUAUGCGGCGGGGCUGAGAAGUGAUCUCUUCGACCAUCCCUCGAUACGAGUGAGCAGUGUCCUUGACUACCAGACCGCGUAUGGGAUCGUACUUAGUCCCAAAUCGACACGACUUGGAAAGUGCUUUGAGCGCUACAUGCUUUCUCACAGGGCGGAGAUUUUCGAAAUGAUUAAGAAAAAAGUCAAGCCAAUCGAGACCUCUAGCUCCAACUCCGAUACACCAGCUGAAGAGAAAACUUCAGGCGGUUUGCUGGACAGCGGUUCCCCAGCAUUCAACAAGGCCUUACGCUACGCAUGCGUGAUGUUAGGGAUUGCCCUCUGCUUGUCCCUUGUCUACGAGUGCAUACGAUGUAUAAGAGCAAGACAAAAGGUUCGACAGGAAGUGUACUUCAAGACAAUACUAGUAAGAGAAAUGCGGAGUUUGAUAGACGAGUUUAUCCAAAGGAUAAAGGAAAGUAAAGCCAAAUUGGGAGAAAGACACCGAAAACAAAUCGUCAGUUUUUGGAAACUUAAACGAAAAUCCAUGUGUCGCAGCGGUAACGAGAGUGAGUGGCUGAGGAUUUCUACGGCGUCUCCCCACAGGGGUGAUGUGACCAUUACCGAUCUGUAAAUCAUAUGUUAAGACACAAUGCACUCAGUGUCAACCUGAAUGCUCGAUGCUAAACCUAGAGGAGUCUUAGUUCCCACGAUGUCUCUGUAGCGCAAAUAAUUUCCUUAAGCCUUAUGUCAAAGUUCAAUAGCUGGCGCAAUUCUUCUACAAUCAGUUCCGGUGGCAGGUGUAAGAGAAUCAACUUUAAUGCUGAAUGAGAAAUUUCGUUUUCACAAACGUCAAAUCAGUUUACAGAUGUUGACAUUGUCGUCUUGCAUCAAAAAAAUUUCUGUAAAUAUUUCAACUUUUCAAUGCCUUGACGAAAGCAGGUUUUUUCGUUUCCUUUCAAACGUAGCGUCAUAACUAUAUUUUGUAUCUUGUGACUAGCUUGUCGAAUGCACGUGAUUAAGUCCAGUAAGUGUGUAUACUCUGUCGCUACCUAGGGAAUCGUCAUAUAUUUGGGGGAUGUCUGGUUGAGGGAACUGUUUCACGAAUUUUAGCCAAAUUUAGACAUAUAUGUAUAUAAAAGGCCACCAAAUCAACUAAAAUAUAAAAAUAUCCACUUAAAACAGCAGAGAAACAUUUCAGUAACACAACAAAUACCAAAGAAGGUAAGGAUGGACAAAAAUUAAAGAAGAUCAAAACGGAUUGCAUGUUAGGCUGAACAGUUUUUAAACUUAAUCUGGUUUGUUUGUCACCUUUAUAACGCCCGGGAGACAUAUUUGUUUUAAAUGAAGCCGUUUUGUCAUUUAGAUCCGGAGUGAUUUUUUCGUUUACUUCAAGUUUCACACUGAGUCUUUGACAAAAAGUAAUAAAAAAGACUAAACUCAGCCGUGACACAGUCCCUUUUAAUGUGUUAAGAAAUGACCAGUGUCACAAGGCCUGUAGGUUCUCAGUAUCGCCGUUCGUGCGUUUUUUCUGUGGGGUCUUCCAAUUUUCUCGGCCAAUCAAAGAUGCAACCAACAUGCAAUUUUUCUGCCUGCCCAAGUCUUCACCUCCUAAAUUAACUCGUUUUGUGAUUGGCUACAUAGGGAGAGGUCCUCCCAUUGAUGAAUCAGUCCAGGAGUCACGAGUCGUUUAAUGUAGUCAAUUAAUCGCUAGUCAAAUUGCAAUACGUUUAGCCUGAAUAUACAGUUCUGGUUAGCGCGAAAAAGUGUGUAAAAAUCUCAAAAUGACACCCAGGUAUUCGCUUAUAGUAAAAGCUUUAUAGAAAUACUUUUAGAAUGAAAAAAUUGUCUUAACAUAACUAAAAAAAAAAGGUAUGUUCAUCGUUACACCGCAUGCAUGUUUAGUUGAAUUACAUAUGUAGAAACAAAUAAAUAAACGUUGUUUUACCAAGAAGUGUUUGACCGAACACUCCAAAACUAAACAGAGAGGUUUCUUUUAACCGUAGUGUGAUCUAUACAUGUAAGAGGUUUCACGAAUUGUGUUAUCAGCUAAUGCUUAAAGAUUCCUUAAACUUCUAGACGGCAUUUUGUACACAUUAUACGCGAUACUAGUUUAAAGUAAUAUUAUAGAAAGUUAAAGGUAAAAAUAAACCGCUAUUUUACGUUCA